UUCAUGCGUGCUGAAAUGCAGGUGCACAACAGCACAAGAAUGGAUGCGGCUGGCUGCGUAAGGCCCAGGCUCUGUCCUUGCUGUUGCGAUUCCCGCCACAAAACCAAGCAGCGGUUGGAGGAUGAAAUCGUACCACUAUCCGUCAGCGAGACGCGGACCAGACGCUCUGGUCUGCACUCGGCCGGGGCAGGCAAGCACGCAGUCCUGCCGUCCCCGAGAUGGCGGCGUCUCUCCGGUCUCCCCCCUCCAUCUCCGUCUCCGUCCCGUGCGCUGCCCUCGGCGCCUCGCUUCACUCCUCGCUGCCGUUUUCCCGCAAGCCAUCGCUCCCCUGCGGCAGAGCAUGCCGCGCCGGCGUCCGCUGCUCCGCCGCGAACAAGCCCUCCCCUCCUCCCCCCACCGCCCUGGACAGCAGCGAGCUCCAUGGCGAGGAUACGGAGUGAGGUGCUGUCCCCGUUCCGGUCGGUGCGGAUGUUCUUCUACCUCGCGUUCAUGGCCAGCGGCGCGCUGGGCGGGCUCAUCGCGCUCACGCAGCUCCUCCCCGCGCUGUCCAACCCUGCGAGGGCCGGCGGCGCCGCCGAGACGCUCAAGGGCCUGGGCAUCGACGCCGCUGCCGUCGCGCUCUUCGCCUUCCUCUACUCGCGCGAGAGCAAGGCCAAGGACGCCCAGGUGGCCAGGCUCGCGCGGGAGGAGCGCCUGUCCAGGCUCAAGCUCCGCGCCGGCGCCGGGGACGGCAGCGGCAGGCCGCUCGCGCUCGGCGAGCUGCGCGGCACCGCGCGGCUCGUCAUCGUGGCGGGGCCCGGGGAGUUCGUCGCCGAGUCGUUCCGCCGGAGCCAGCCGCUCCUGAGAGAGCUCGCGGAGAGGGCCGUGCUGGCGGUGCCCUUCGCCACGGACGGGAACGCGCCCGAGCUCCGGGUCGACGAGGGCGUCGUCGUCGUCGUCGACGACGACCUUGCCAGGAGGAGCAGAAGGCUCUGGCAGCUCAGGCCGGUGUACACCACCGAAUGGGCACAGUACGACGAAACACGCUGAACUUACCACACACAACAAUGUCCGAACACACCUUGCUUAGUCUCGCGUUGAUUGCAGCUUCUUGUGCCUGAUGAUUUGCAGAUGGUUAGACGAUCAGAAGAAGCUGGCCGGCGUGCCGCCUGAUUCCCCCGUGUGAGCGCCUCGAGACUCGAGUCGCCUAGUUUCCGAACGUUUUUUCUGAAGAUUUUUUAGCCCUGUCAGGUUGCAUCGACCUGUUCUUCUUACCCUGGCUGUCUGCUUGCUUGUGUUCGUGUGUUGCAUUUGCAGGUACCUCUCGCUCCGGAUGGACGGGCGCGUCCGCGGCAGCGGCGAGGGAUACCCGCCAUGGCAAGCGUUCGUGGCGCAGCUGCCGCCGGUGAAAGGGUUGUGGUCGGGCCUUCUUGACGGGAUGGACGGCAGGGUGCUCUAGACCAACAUCGCGAGAAGCCACCCGUUUAGCGGUGACUUGUUUAGCUAGAUGUGACCAGUGCUUACAAGGAUUUUUUUUUCUUUACUUGUUGUUCAACAGAGUUGAAAUGGAGAACGUAUUAGCAUAGGAGCACACGGGCGUAAUAUCAGUUAAAGACAGACACCGGGUGUGUAGCCAUCAUCAUCGUGCCUACAUGUAAUACACACCCAUUUCGAUUCAGCUAACAAAUUUGUCACUGCUAUA